GAGCCCACCCCUUAAAGCUCCAGGAGUGAAUUCUAAUGGGCUGGGCAGGGAGGAACGCAGAGGGGCCGCGCGGGAGGGCGCCUCCGGGCCGCUGGUCUUUAACUGGGCUGGCAAGGCCAGACCCCACCCAGCCUCUUUCCUUAGCCUGCUUCUGUUUGGUCUGGGUUACCACCCCGGUUGCAGGCCCCCGUGCACCCCGCAGGUGAGAGGGGUCCAGGGACCCCGCUUCCUACGAUCCGGGAUCCGAGCGCUGGCCGGCGACCCGGCACUCUCGCGGCCAGAUGGCGGAUCCCCGCCCAGAUCCUGAAUCAGAGCCCGAAUCCGUGUUCCCACGGGAGGUCAGACUCUUCGCCGACUCCUACUCGAAGAAAAGCCGGUUCUAUUUCUGUGGUCACGUGCUGAGCAUCACGGAGAACUUCGGGUCCCGCCUCGGGGUGGCAGCGCACGUGUGGGACGCGGCUCUAAGCCUGUGCAACUAUUUCGAGAGUCAGAAUGUGGAUUUCCGAGGCAAGAAAGUGAUCGAACUGGGCGCUGGGACGGGCAUCGUGGGUAUCUUGGCAGCGCUGCAGGGGGGGGAUGUUACCAUCACUGACCUGCCCCUGGUCCUAGAACAGAUCCAGGGCAACGUCCAGGCCAAUGUGCCGGCUGGAGGCCGGGCCCAGGUCCGCGCCUUGUCCUGGGGGAUUGACCAGCAUGUCUUCCCUGGAGACUAUGACCUGGUGCUGGGGGCUGAUAUCGUGUAUCUGGAGCCCACCUUCCCACUGCUGCUGGGGACCCUCCAACACCUGUGCGGGCCCCAUGGCACCAUCUAUCUGGCUUCCAAGAUGAGAGAGGAGCACGGGACAGAGAGCUUCUUUCAGCAUCUCCUGCCCCAGCAUUUCCAACUGGAGCUGGCCAAGCGGGAUGAGAAUGAGAAUGUUAACAUCUAUAGGGCCAGGCACAGGGGACCAAGACCUGCUUGAUGUCACCCUUCUGCUCCUCUGAACGCCUUGUUCUAAUGAAGGAACUGCCAUAUGUCCAGAGCCAUAAACAUAAGGACCAAAAACGAUGGAUUUCCCUUGCCUCUGUCUUUCCUCCUUCCCUUUUUGUUUCCUGAGAUACUCUUGGGCAGGUGCAGGGAGGUGCUAUGUGCUAGGAAUACUAGAGCCCUAGCUGUACCGGGCUAGAGUGCAAAGGAAAUUCCCAGUUCCUGUUCUCAGCAGUGGAAGAUGGGAGGGUAUCCAGGAUUUUACGGGAAGGGGAGGUAAGUGGGAUGUGUGAACAGUGGCUGCAGAGAGACAGUCAUGAUCCCAUCUAGUCCUGCUGUUGUCUUUUUAUACAGAAUGGAUUUUUUUUUUCCAGAUUCUACUGGAAUUUUUUAAAAAGGAAAAUAGGGCUUCUCUGGUGGCGCAAUGGUUGAGAGUCCGCCUGCCGA